AAUCACUCAUCUCCACAAUGGACCUCUCCAUAAUGGGACCCUCCCUAAUAGAUCCUUUUAUCCCCAUAAUGGACUCUUCUCUAUCAAAACUCUUCCAACUAGUCCUUCAAAAUAUCUAGAAACCUCUGCAUUGGAAAAACUGUAGGCUUUCCUAUCGAAAACUGCAAACAUUUCAGAGUCCCUAAGCAUUAUACCUAUGUUCAAGCUUGACCCGAGUGACGUCCCCGAAGGAUGGACAACUGACCCCGAAGAAAUGGACUACAAGGAUGAAUGGGCUGCGAAUGAUAGCAUGGGCCAGCGACUCGCCCGUGGAAGAAAGCUAGGAGACAAAACCUAUCCCAUCAUAAAUGGAUUGGAGGGAGCUCCUCCCUAAAUGUGCUUUGUUUGGUGAAGGCAACUGAAACGUUCAUAAUAGUAUUUAUUAAAUUAAUGAAACGAGUACCGAAUGCAUAUUUAUUUGAUGUGAUGUUGAUGUUAUAUAUCAUUUGUUAUCAUGUGAGAGAGUUGUUUUCAAUUCCCCGGACUCCCG